AUGGCCCGCUCCUCGAUCCUCCUCAGCGUGUUUGCCGUCUUCUGCGUUCUGGCUCUGGCCAGUGCUGAGGUGCAGCAGGCCGCCACCGCCGCCCCCGCCCGCAAGCUGCUGCAGGGCUGGCCCGAGCCCCCGAUCAACGUGCGCACCUCGGCCGGCCCCCUGACCAUCCGCCGCUACCCCUGGUCGGUGCAGAACAUCGUUGGCCUCAACGUCGCCCUGCCCAACCCCAUCCUGCGCGGCCGCGGCUCGCACUAA